GGAGUGGACGAGUUAAACCAUGUAAACAACAAGACAGCGGAGAGACAGCGCCGAUAACAAUGUCCAUUUCGUCAUGUUAAAUUAACGCGUUAUAUUCCAAAUGAGACUUAUUGUGUAGUUGUGUCUAACCAACAUGAAUCACCCAGUUACCGUUAAAGUGAAUUUCCGAGGGAAUGUGAAGAAGUUUCCCGUUGUGGACACAGACAAAGCGCAGUGGGAGACAGUGGAGGCCUGGAUUAAAACAACUUUUGGCUUGAGUCAUUUUCAAGUUAAGUAUUUUGACGAGGACAAUGAAGAGAUAUCCAUAAACAGUCAAGAUGAAUAUAUGGAGGCUUUAAAGAGUUCACUUAAGCAAGCCAACCAGCUUCACAUGAAUGUGUAUAAGAUGAAAGGCCAGGCUGAAGGUGGACCUGUUAAAGCUGAAGUUAAAGAACUUAGAAUUGAUCCUAGACCAGCACCACCAUACCGUGCAAGAGUAAAAAUGGCAGACAAGGAGACACAGGUGACCCCCGAGCGGGACUCGGUGGUUGUAAAGGAAAACAAAGUGACCAAAGUUGAAGAGGAGGCUGUGCCAGCAUGGUUCAAAUCCUACAUGGACAGGUUCAAAGAUCAGGUAGUGAGAGAGGUGGUGGACAAAAUGUGUAGUGAGUUUUCAGGUCAGUGCUGCACACACAAAGGCUCUGAUCAUAAUACAACAGAAGAGCCCAGAACGUCUGGAACUCAGUUGGCAACAGUUAGUUCCACAACACCUAGAACCUCGACACCUAACUGCAGCAGUUGCAAGGGACCAGCCACUGGGGGAGGAUAUCACUGCAGCGUGUGUCCCUCUUGCAUUUUAUGUGAGCCAUGCAGUCACAAACAUGAUCCUAGUCACAACCUAAAGAGAACAAGGACUCCCUUGUCUGUUCCAGAGCGUGGAGUAACUCCAGAACCCAGGUUCUUGCGGCGUGGAGACAGGACAGUUCGUAAGGCUGAACGGCAGCGUCUAAAAGCCGAGCGGAGACAGCUGAAAGCUGAAGUGAAGGAGAUUAAGAAGAAGCUGCGGUUGGAGAAAAGAGGUCUGCUGUGGAGUGGAGCCACCAAUGGGACAAGCGGCCCAGGCCUUGGUCCUGCUUCUGCUCCUGCUCCUGCUCCGUCAUCAGCUCCUGGUGCAGCUGCAGCCACCGGCUCAGAGCCUCAGGCCUCCAGUCCAGAGGGUCCCAAGGUCUCCUGCUCCACCUUGGUGCCCACAAUGACUGCCUUGUUUCUGGAUGAGAAUCUACCAGACGGAACUUGUCUGGAGCCUGGCACCAAGUUCAUCAAGUACUGGAAGAUGAAGAAUACUGGCAACAUCAGCUGGACCUCUGAUACCAAGCUGAAGUUCAUGUGGGGAAACCUGGCCUUGGAGUUACAGGAGCAGAAGGAGGUGAUGGUGCCCUUUUUGAUGCCAGGCCAGGUUGGUAUGGUGAGUGUGGCAUUCGUGGCACCCAUGCUUGAGGGCACCUACACCUCCCACUGGCGCCUGGCACACUGCGGGGUGCAGUUUGGCCCUAGAGUUUGGUGCAGCAUCGUAGUGGUGUCUAGUUCUGGCCAAAAACUCACUUCCCACUCCAGCAAACAAUUGAAUAAACCCAGCAUGGUAGGAAUAGAGGGAGUGUGCUGGUCUGGCAGAGACUGUGACACUCGGGUGUCCUCCAACUGCCUGAGAGAAUACUACAUUCCCUCUGUGGACCUGCUGACUGCACAGGAUUUGUUGUCCUUUGAGUUGCUGGAUAUAAAUAUUGUUCAAGAGUUGGACAAAGUUCCAGCAAAUACUCCAGCUGAUAUGACUCCAUGUAUGUCUCCAGUCCCACUUAAUGGACCUACGAUUGCAAAGCAUGGAGUGGGCUCAGUGAAGGAGAAUAUUAAACACACAGGCGUGAAAAAACUCCAAGUGGUUCAGCCCCAGAGACACAUGGAGAACAUGGACCAUCAGGCUCAUGAUGAGGGUGAUGAUGACAUUAGUGGGACCCAGUUCGUCUGUGAAACCGUUAUCAGGUCCCUCACCCUGGAAGAGGAACCUGAGCACAAACCUAGAUGGCGGCUUCGAGCCAAUAAAGGCAGGCUUGAGGGUCACAACCCCACCUCCUCUAAUGAGAGGUCUUUGAUGGAAAGGACUGACCGAGCUGUCCUGCCAACUAUUAAGAGGCCUGAAGCUCCCACCCCGUUCCAGCCGCCAGUUUUACUUCAAGAGCCAACUAUCCCAGUCUUUUCAGACAUGCUGAUUGGCUCUAAUGAAAACCUUUACACCGAUCCUGCCACCUUGGAGGAGGAGGAGGAGGAGGAAGGGAGGAAAGUAGAUCAGGAUAAAGAGGAAGAAUGGGAUGAGGUGAGCAGCCAGGCAUCCUCGGUAUCCUCUGAGGAAUACCUUGUUGUCCUGCCUGACUGCUUUGAUACCUCCAAACCUCUUGGAGAUUCACUAUACACCUCAGCCGUGUCCGAGCCUGCAAAUGGCUGCAGCGCAGAGCCCGAGGGAGCUAUGGAUCAAACCAUUGCAGACGGGGAGACAGUGGACCCAACACCUGUUAUGCAAAACAGUGUGAACAGGUUGCUGUGCACCUCUCAAAUACUGCACACUCCUGCUCUCAUUCCGGAAGUGGUAUCUACACCUGUCUCACUGUCACCACCACCAACUUUCCGUACACACAGGUCGAUACAGCCAUGUGCAAAUGAGAUCGGAACACAGGUAUCUGAGGAGAACAGAUCAUGUCCAGCUCAGGGGUUAGGAUUAACACAUAUGGAGGCCCCUGCCAGUGCCUUUGAGACCUGCAGCACUCAGGAUCCUAGGCUGCGGCAUGGUGGCCUGACUGAAGGAUUGGUAAAGGGGGCACUUUCAGUGGCAGCAUCUGCUUACAAGGCCCUGUUCACAGGCCAGAGCAGCUCUAUGCAGCGGCCCAGUGCAGACCCAGCAUCUAAGGAGGCCUCAUUGAUUGCUGUGCUACAAGAAAUGGGCUUCAGUGACAAGCCUCUAAACCAGAAACUGUUAAGGAAGCACCAGUACAAUCUGCUAGACGUGGUCAAUGAGCUGGUACAAAUGACCGACAAUGAAUGGUACACAACCAGGCACUGAAAACUGUCUUCUAUAAAACAAUAUUAACUUUGAGAUUAUCGAUUAAGAGAAAUCUUUGUAAUAUAUUUAAGUCAGGGAGGUAAGAGGUUAGUGGUUUACUGUAGAAUAGAUUGAUUUUGCAGAACAGCUUUGUCACACUCAACUAUUAAACAAUUACUCGAUUGACUUUUCAAUUAUAUGUUUUCAGCACAGUAUGAAUGGCAAAGCUAAAAUAGAUUUAUCUGAUCUAUCUAUAUUUCUGUAAGCUUAGUAGUGUUUUACUAACACAUCAAAAGCUUUAAUGUGUUUAUUGACUAUAAUGAGAGAAAAUAAUUUGAGGGUAUAAUAGACUUGGUAACAGUGCAUUUAAAAACACUUUAUAUUUGCCAAUCAGAUGUAGGAUAUGUAAGGGGAAAAACUGUAUUUCAGUUGCGCUUUGUCACCGUGAUCUCUGUAAUGCCAUGUUAAUUACACUAAUUGCUGUAAUGUUUAACCAUCUGACACUAAGGUGACGGUUUUGCCUCGCCCAUAAAAAGUGCAAUGACUUGUUGACUUAUGCUUAACAUAGCCAGUGAUCGGUCUAAAUUUCACUAGACACCAGUUGUUGUCCUCUCUGUACUAACAGUAAUAGAGCUGUUGGCUUAAGUAAAUGUGGCUAUUGGUGUCCAAUACUGGAAAUAAAACAUUCCAUAGCAAUGA